GAGGAUGAUGGGCGAUCCCCCGUGUAAGAGUGAGGUGGAGGAGGACAUUCCAGGAGAUGUCACCACAGAAAACCCCAGUAAAAAUUGUAAUGGAAAUGUUAUAUUGUUACUAAAUUAUAAAGCAGAAGAUGAAGAUAUCAUGCUGCACUCUUCAAGAGAAAGCCUCAUUACCCUUACUGUACCUCCAGGACUAUCAAAUAUUAUCCCUAACCAUGAUGACCAUAAUUCUGAGGAAAACAUAAUGUUAUCACUAACUUAUAAAGCAGAAGAUGAAGAUAUCAUGCCAUGCUCUUCCAGAGAAAACCUCAUUACACUUAAUGUACAUCCAGGACUCUACAGUACAGAUCUGUCAAAUAAUCCCUUUAAUCAUGAGGAACCUUCUCCUGACCAAUCACAAUCACAGAUUGUUACCACAAGUACAGGCCAGAAAGGAGGUAAAAGGUACCAGUGUGGUAAAAAGUUGAAAAAAACAUCAAACUUUUCUACACAUGGAAGAAUUCACACAAGGGAGAGGCGAUACUGCUGUUCAGAAUGUGGGAAGUGCUUCACAAAGAAAUCACAUCUUGUUACACAUGAGAGAAUUCACACAGGAGAGAAGCCGUAUUCCUGUUCAGAAUGUGGGAAGUGUUUUAGAGAUAAAUCGCAUCUUGUUAGACAUGAGAGAAGUCACACAGGAGAGAGGCCAUAUUCCUGUUCAGAAUGCUUUAAGUGCUACUCAGCGAGUUCAAGUCUUGUUAGACAUCAGCGAGUUCAUACAGGAGAGAAGCCAUUUGCAUGUUUAGAAUGUUUGAAGUGCUUCUCAUUUAAAUCAAGUCUUGUUAGACAUAGGCAAAGUCACAUAGGAGACAAGCGGCAUUCGUGUUCAGAAUGUGGGAAAUUGUUUAUAGAGCGAGCACAACUUGUGAGACAUGAGAGAAUUCACACAGGAGAGAAGACUUAUUCAUGUUCAGAAUGUGGGAAAUGGUUUAUAGAGCGAGCAAAACUUGUGAGACAUGAGAGAAUUCACACAGGAGAGAAGCCUUAUUCAUGUUCAGAAUGUGGGAAAUGUUUUACAAAUAAAGUAAGUCUUGUUACACAUGAGAGAGGUCACAAGGGAGAGAAACCAUUUUCAUGUUCAGAAUGUGGGAAAUGUUUUAUAGAUAAAUCACAUCUAGGUACACAUUUGAGAACUCACACAGGAGUGAAGCCAUAUUCAUGUUCAGAAUGUGGGAAAUGUGGCAUCAGGUCCACCUUUCUUCCCCCUAUGCCGGCGGGCUCGGCCAUCGACCUCUUUCAUAAAAGAGUACUUAGGGACGUACGUGCACUGAUUUACCCGGUUGCACCACCUAACAUUACUCGAGAGGAGAAGGCAGCGUUACGUUGGCUCACUGGCCUCGAUGAUGUCGUGAUUAAGCCCGCCGACAAGGACGGAAAUGUGGUCCUGAUGACCAAGGCCUUUUACUUGGAGGAAGCUUCCAGGCAGUACGCCCAUCUCUAUCUGCGGUAUGUGGACGAUGUGUUCCUGGUCUGGUCGGGCAGCGAAGACCUGUGUAGGCAAUUUGUGCAAUAUAUGAAUGACACCAAUAAAAUGAACAUGAAGUUCACCCUCAACCUUGGUGGCAAUAGUCUAGAUUUUCUGGACGUGAAGGUCACCGUGGUUGAUGGCACCUUGCAGACCACAGGUUUUCGCAAGCCUACCGCAACUAAUUCGCUGCUCCACCAGACCAGUUUCCAUCCCCCUACCAUUAAGGAGGACAUCCCCUUUGGGCAGUUCAUACGCCUCCGUAGGAUUAAUAGUACUGACGAAAACUACUUUAGGCAGGCCCACCAACUUAAGGACAGGCUGCUUGAAAGGGGCUACUCCAGAAGGGACGUGAUCGACGCGUUGCAUCGAGCAGCUCUUCGUCCCUGGCAUAGUCUCCUCAAUGACCAGGUUCAAAACGAUAACCAAGACAGGUUCACGUUUAUUUUUAAAUUUAGUCCAGCUGCAGAUAUUGUGAAGCGAGCAGUGCUAAGUAACUGGGACCUUUUGAAAGAGGUGGUCAUCAGUAUGCAGGAGGUGCGGGGAGCAAUGCUGUACUCACCUCUCAUUGGUGGUCUUCCGGCCGACAUCCAUUCACAGUACAGCACGGACCGGAAAAAAACCAGGGAGCAUCGAGUGGCAGUGCCGCAGGAAGCAGGAGAGAAAAUAAAAAAGAACUCGCCUUCUCCAUUUGAUCGCGCCACAGUGAACAGUGUGGCCAUCAAAUAG